AAGGACUGUGGGGCCGGCCCGAGGCAGCCCAGGACGCACACGUGCGUGCGGCGCCGCAGCCGCCACCGCGGCCACCGAGACCCGCGCCUCCCGGCCGGCCGCCCUCGGCCACGGCCCGCCCGGCGGCGGCAUGCGCUGAGCGCCCCGAAGCUGAGGCCGCAGCCAGGCCAUGUCGUUCGCCAUGCUGCGCUCGGCACCGCCGGGCCGCUACCUGUGCCCCGAUGUGAGCCCGCUGUCGGAGGACGAGGGUGGCAGCGAGAGCUCGGGCUCCGACGAGAAGCCCUGCCGCGUACACGCAGCACGCUGCGGCCUUCAGGGUGCGCGCCGGCGGGCGGGGGCCCGGAGGGCGGGGGGCGGUGUGGGGCCAGGGGGGCGGCCCGGCCGGGAGCCCCGGCAGCGGCACACGGCGAACGCGCGGGAGCGGGACCGCACCAACAGCGUGAACACGGCUUUCACCGCGCUGCGCACGCUCAUCCCCACGGAGCCGGCGGACCGCAAGCUCUCCAAGAUCGAGACGCUGCGCCUGGCGUCCAGCUACAUCUCGCACCUAGGCAACGUGCUGCUCCUGGGCGAAGCCUGUGGCGACGGGCAACCCUGCCACGCAGGGCCCUUGUUCCCAGCCGCGCGUGCGGGCAGCCCCGCGCCAGCCCCCACCCGCGACGGCGAGAACGCUCAGCCCAAACAGAUCUGCACCUUCUGCCUCAGUAACCAGAGGAAGCUGAGCAAGGAGCGUGACAGAAAGACAGCCAUCCGGAGCUAGAGGUCCAUGUGAGCCCAUCGAGCCCCAAGGACCUGCACAGGCACAGGCUCCCCCAGGCCAGCCCCGCCCCCGGCUACAAGCACCGAGGGACAGCCAGGCGGUGGAGGACUCUGAGCUGGCCCCAGCACUUGCCCAGGCCUACUGGAACUUUCCAUGCUGGCUUCCUACUUGGGCUUUCUUCUGCAUACUACGUGCUGGCAUCUUGUGACUUUGAUAUAAUAUAAAGUCUGGAAAUUUUGUAUAAUUAAAGUUGAAACAGUA